CCCAGAGUAGGGCUGUUCCGGCUCCCAGGACCCCUAAGGCGGGACCCCGGGAUCAUACCGGGGGUCCCAUCACAAAGCACGGCCUAGGACAGGGGGAAGGAGGUGUCCCUUGGCGUCAUGAUACUUACUCCACAGUGAAAAGAGAAUUAGGCACUCGGGUCUACAGGUGUGAGGGCCAGGAGGCGGAAGUCGAUCCCUUUUAAAAGCAGGGCGUGGGAAUGCUACACAGGUUCGUUUCGUUGCCUGUUUAGCCCAGGUACCCACAGGCUGCCUGGGAACCCGGACUCUGGGUGCUGCCUGGGGCUCCGUGAGUCAGCCAGCAUCGCGGGCUUCCUGGGCUGACGCUAUGACCUGUGAUUUUCCAGGUGUGAGCCCGACGAGGAGCCGUGAUGGGGAAGAAGCUGGACCUUUCCAAGCUCACGGAUGAAGAGGCCAGGCACGUCUGGGAAGUGGUGCAGCGGGACUUUGAGCUGAGGCGGAGAGAAGAGGAGAGACUGGAGGGCCUGAAGGGCAAGGUGAAGAAGGAGAGCUCCCAGAGGGAGCUGGUUUCCGACGCGGCCCUCCUGAGCGACACCCACUGUGCCCACUGCCUGCAGCCCUACCGGCUCCUGGAGGCCCCCAAACGGCAGUGCCUGGACUGCCGCCUCUUCACCUGCCAAGGCUGCAGCCACGCCCACCCCGAGGAGGAGGGCUGGCUCUGCCACCCCUGUCACCUGGCCAGAGUCGUGAAGAUGGGCUCCCUGGAGUGGUACUACGGACACGUGAGGGCCCGCUUCAAGCGCUUCGGAAGUGCCAAAGUGAUCCGGUCCCUCUGCGGGCGGCUGCCAGGGGGAGGUGGGCCUGAGCCAAGCCCAGGAGAGAGAAGUAGAGACAGUGAGCAUUCCGAUACAGAUGGAGAGCUGGACACAGGGGCUCAGACCCAGCCCCUUGGCAGCAAACCUGUGCCCGCCAAGAAAAAGCGCCUCCUCCCCAUUCACAGCCUGGACUUCGAGGCCGACUCUGACGACUCCACGGGGUGUUGCAGUCACCCCCCGAGCCUGUCCCCAGUCCCAGUGGCCCCGGACAGCCUGCAGGCCCUCACAGGUGAGCCCUGCGCAGAGGAGGCCGCCUCCCAGGAGGCCAUGGUCCUGCAGGAGGCUGAUGCCAGGGCCUCUGGGUGCCACCCCCACCUAGAAGAGCAGACAGACAGCCUCUCCCCUGCCAGAUGGGAUGCCCGCGCUGAGCUCUGCCUGCCAGGAGAGUCCUGCCCAGCAGCCCUGUGGAUCGCUGCCACUCCUGGGGUGAGCAUCAUCAGGAAGGAGCAGCUCCCCUCACAAUACCUGGCCGACGUGGACACCUCGGAUGAAGACAGCAUGCGGGCCGGCGGGGCAGCCUCCCACCUCUCCACUCAGAGCGGCCGGACCUCACUUGUGAGCCAGGGUCCCGGUGCCAGCAAGCCCACGGAGGCGGACGUGGAGGAGGAGACCCUGAAGAGAAAGCUGGAGGAGCUGACCAGCAAUGUCAGUGACCAGGGGGCCUCGUCCGAGGAGGAGGGCAAGGACAAAGGGGCGGAGCCGGACAGGAGCACUUCCUUGGAGGACCUCCCCCGGAUGACCCCAGAGGUGUCAGAAAUCGAGGCCAGGAUCGCAGCCUUGCGGGCUGCAGGGCUCACGGUGAAGCCCUCAGGGAAGCCCCGGAGGAGGUCUAAGCUCCCGGUAUUUCUGCCCCGACUUGCUGGGAAAUUGGGCCAGAGUCCCGAGGACCCACCUGCAGGCCCUUCCGAUGGGGCUGAGGUGAUGGCGGGGCCCUACCUUCUGAGGGGGAAGUUCAGCAAUUCCCCUGAAAGUCAAGGCAAAGAUGACGAGUCCUUUGAUCGGAAAUCUGUGUACCGCGGCUCCCUGACACAGAGAAACCCCAACGGCAGGCGGGGCUCUGCCCACCACAGCUUUUCGAAACCUGUAAUGACCCACCAGCCCUAAGCGGGAGAGGUUCUUGGGAACAGGACAGAGCAACAGAGCAGCCCGCCUUGCUUUCCCUCCCCCCCAGCCAUGAUGUCCCCCCAUCGGCCCUGCACUCUCCAUUCUACACCAUCCAGUGGAGAAACAGGAAGACACGCCGUCCGUGAUGGAACCCCACCUGUGAAACGACUAUGGUCCUCAGACCUGCAGCUGCUCACCCCUAUUCAUUGACAACUUCCCAGGCCACCGGGCCAGCCUGUUCUGAUCCGUGAGAGACAUCUAAGCUACAUCUUUCCUUCAGGACAAUGUUGUUUAAAUUUUUUGAAGGACCCACAGAAAACCUAUUCAGCAAGAACUUUCACCCCGUUCACUGCUGCCUUUCUUAUGAUGAUGUCAUGAAUGGAACAGAAAGGAAUGACAACGUGCAUCAGAGUGUGGGCCAGGCCGGUGUGUGUGUGUUCUGUGUGGGUGUAAUUGGAGAAGGAAAUUGGGCAUCACUACAAGGAAGGAACUGAACCCAUGAUCAGCCGAAUAAUGAGAGAGGAAUAGAACCCCUGACACCCGCCCCCCAUAUAUACCUAUUCUGCAAGUUCAUCUGUGGAUCACAGACUGGGAGACAUUACCUUCUGUUCAAGGGCAGAGCAUACACAUGGUAGGAGUGGCAUAUGAUCAGUGCCCAGACACAGACCUAGAGGACCUAUGGGGAGAGGGGGUGAUGGCAAUGUACACGGGGCAGCAGCCUGGGGCCCAGAGGGCCAGGACCAAUGAGUGGUGCCCACCGGCCUCUUGCCAUAAGCUCCAUAGAUGAGCCCUAAGUUCACCAUCUCAGACAGGCUAAGAUUCAGGGCUAUGUCUGGGUGUCUGUGUGGCUCUUUCAGGUGUAAGAGGAGCCCACUGUGAGCCUCCAGAGCUGCCUUUGAGCACAGAAACUGAUCAUAUCGUCCCAUCCCAAGCUGUGGCUUUGUAGGCUCCCUGGUUUAUUUAAACUUCAGAUCAAAUUUAAGCCUGUCUUGCAGAGCAGGACAUGGAGCCCGUGGUGCGAGGCAGUGCCCUGGAGCUGCUGCUGUGAUUUCUAUACUCUUGCAGUGAUGCUGGGUGAGCUUCAACCUGGCACUCUCAAUGGGUGUCUUGUCCAGUUCACAUGGUACCCAAAAGAGGAAGAUGGAGAAGUGAUGCCCAAGGGCCUUUGAUGAUGAGACUUCUGACCUGACUGGGCAAGGCCCACCCACAGCUGCACAGAUUCCACCCUGAGCCAUUGUCAGGUCACCACAGGGUUGCGUCCAGGACAGCUCCCGGUGCAAAGGCAGCCUCCAGGGGACGGAAUGAGCCAGCCUCAGGCUAUGCUGGGAUUGGUGGCCCCUUCUCAGAACGGAGGCUGGUUAUAGGGUGUUGCUCCCAAGUCAAUGCUACAAAUGAUUAAAAGGUUCUUGUAAGUGAAAGGGAGGCCAGUUUUUUAUGGACACCCGCCCUUAUUCAUAAAGUAAACUAAAGUCAAAGUGAGCUCCUAGGAGUCAAAGAAGAGGCAGUUCUGGCUGCCCUCCGUGUCCCUGUGUGUUCCUACAACAGGACAGGGGGUGCUCUGCCCCAGAACCUGCUCACGGCCACCUGUGCUCUGUUCAUACUGUGUUUGGUCCAUGACCAAGGUCUCCCUAAGGGGCUACUAAUGCACAGAGCAGUCGCAUGGUCAUCCCUCCAGCUCCUCCAACACCUGCCACCACGGAACUCAUCCAUUCUCCCAUCCACAGAGCUCCCAUCCGAGCCACCCAGCCCUGGAGCCAGAAACCCCAGGCCCCAGACCCCAACCCUGCCCCUCCCUGCCCCUCAUCAGACCACACUCUGUCCUCUGUGUCUCCCAGACAACUCCAGACUUCUCAACUCCCCUCAGUCACCUCAUGACUUUUUCCAACACUAACAAUCUCUUGCUUUCCUGGGAUAAACCUUACUUGGUCAAGAUAAUUAGGUUUUUAGUACAUUGCUGAAUUUAUUUCUUUAAUAUUUUAUUUAAAAGGGGUGGGGGAGGUAGAAGAGGGUAAAGAGAAUAAAUGGUGAUAGAAGAAAAAAUAUUUUAUUUAGGGUUUAUUUCCUCAACUGAUACCUUUAAUUUUUCAUCUCCCACUGCCUACAGACACCCACUGGUGAAGGCCCGAAGUGGUAGGGCACCAAUGCCACUCUGUGACAAAGCUACUUUGCUAAAAGGGGUUACUGUC